CCCCGGGCGGGCUGAGCUCAGCGCCGGCGCCGCGGGGCCGAGCCAGGGCACCGGCCGCCCCGCGCUCCGCCCCGGGCCCCAGCCCGGCUUCUUCCGGGUCGGGCGCUGCGGGGCCGCCUCGCACCGCGGUUUCGGCGGCGGGCCCCGGCCCUCGGCCAUGCCGGCGCCGGGCGAGCGGAGCGCGGCGCGGCGGGAGGCCACGGGGCGGCGGCUGGCGCGGUUCGCGGCGCUCAGAGGGAGGGCCGCCCGCCCCGGCGAGUUCUGGGACGUGGUGGCGGUGACGGCCGCCGACGCGGAGCAGGCGCUGGCCUACCGGCAGCAGCUGGCCGAGAAGCUGAGCAGAAGGGAGCUGCCGCUGGGGGUCCGCUACCAUGUCUUCGUGGAUCCACCUGGACCGAAAAUCGGAAACGGUGGAUCAACACUUCAUGUUCUUCGGUGCUUGGAAGAUCUGUAUGGUGAUAAAUGGACUUCUUUUAUUGUGCUGCUAAUUCAUUCUGGUGGUUACAGUCAACGUUUACCAAAUGCAAGUGCCCUGGGAAAGAUUUUCACAGCUUUGCCUUUUGGCGAUCCCAUUUACCAGAUGUUGGAACUGAAGCUCGCCAUGUACAUUGAUUUCCCUAGUCACAUGAAACCAGGAAUUCUUGUUACGUGCUCGGAUGACAUAGAACUUUACAGCACUGGAGUUACAGAAACCAUCACGUUUGAUAAACCCGGAUUUACCGCAUUAGCUCACCCUUCAGAUUUGACAGUUGGGACUACUCACGGAGUGUUUGUUUUAGAUCCAUCCAGUUUUUCAGGAAGAGGAGGGCUUGAAUACACGUCUUGCCAUCAUUUCCUGCACAAGCCUGAUAUUGAGACAAUGCGCCAGUGUGGCGCAGUAUGCGUAAGAGGGAAUUGUUCUCAGCUAAGUUCCUCUGAAGACCACAACGACUCAGAAAUGGACUCGGAGUGUGUGUAUACAGACAGUAUAUUUUACAUUGAUCAUAGCAUUGCAAAACAAUUACUGACAUUUUAUAAGCAGAUGGGCACUCUUUGCUGUGAAAUAGAUGCAUAUGGUGACUUCCUCCAGGCCCUGGGGCCUGGAGCCACUCAAGAUUACACAAAAAACACAAAUAACGUCACAACAGAGGAAUCACAGUUAGUAGAAGUACGGCAGAAACUAUACUCUCUUCUGAAAGGAACUGCGCUUAAUGUUAUAGUCUUAAACAACUCUAAGUUCUAUCACAUUGGAACUACUCAAGAGUAUCUGUUUCACUUUACAUCUGAUAGCAAACUGAAAUUUGAGCUUGACUUACUGUCUGUGGCUUUUAGCAUCUCUUCUGACAAAGCCAAGACCUUGGAUCAAUCCACAAGUAUCAUUCAAAGCAUACUUGAGCCUGGAUGUUUUGUAGGACCUGGAUCCGUUAUUGAAUACUCUAGAAUUGGACCUGAAGUAUCAGUAGGGAAGAGCAGCAUUAUUAGUGGAGCGUACAUAAAUUUGAAAGUAGACAUACCUUCAAACUGCUUCCUGAGCUCCUUAAGUGUAAAAAUUAACAAUCAAGUGAAGUAUGUAAGUAUGGUGUUUAGUGUAGAAGACGACUUGAAAAAGAGUGUGAAAUUGUUGUCAGAUAUACAUUCACUCCAGUUUUUUGGAGUCAGCUUCUUGGAAUGCUUGGACCUCUGGGGUGUAGAGGUUUCAGACCAGCUCUUCUCCAAUGAGAGCACAUGUUUGGGCUUGUGGACUGCUAGGAUUUUUCCUGCUUGUUCUACGUUAAGUGAAUCAGUUAGACUGUCGUUACAAAUGUUAAAUUCUGUGCAGCACAUGUCAGCUUUUAAAUUGAAUGGCUUUAAGCUCUUGUCUGUUGAAGAAAUGCUCACCUACAAAGAUGUAGAAGACAUGUUGAAGUUUAGGAAGCAAAUUUACGAUGAAAUCCGUCUGCAAAGAUGAAGAGAAAAGUCUGAUUUGUAGAAUGAACAGUACUUGAACAAAUUUCCUGUUUUCAUUUGUGGAUGAUUGAUUGCUUCCCAGCUUGUAAAAAUCAUAACAAAAAAGUACACAGAUCUUUUCUCUGAUUUCAUUGCAGUAGAAAUAACGAAUUUGCAUUAACAACAUUGUUGUAGCAUAACAUUAAUAAUGCAGCAAAUGCAUAUAAACUAUUUUAGUGAAAGAAAUAAUGAAAUUUUUCAGAUCUCUGAAAACACGAAUUGCUGACUUUUCUAGGGGUGCAUAUUAUUAUGUUUUGUAGUCUUUGUCAGUAAGAAUAUGAUACAGAACAAAUUAAUUAGAAAUUUGACUGAAAACUGCUGUAAGUUUUUCAGAGUAGAACAUUAGCUCCAGCAACAUGGAAUGAUAUAGCAAUAACUUACUUUUCUCUCUUUUCAUGCUGCCUUCUGGUACAUCUUCAGAGAAACACACAAUACCUAUUCUCUCUUCCCCUUCUCCACCCUUUACUAAUAAAGAUGUCCUUUUGUUUCUAGUUUAGGUGCCAAAAAUCCAGCUCCAAAUAGAUAAGUAUGCUUUUUAUACUUUUUUUUCUGACCUGAUCAAAAAGGAAAGUGCCUUUUUGUAUGUGCACAACUUUAAAUGUACUCUUCUCUGUUCCCUCUUCCGCACCCCCUUUUUUAAAAAUACAGGAAGUGUCAUAGCAGGCCAUGCCAGUGCUCCGUCUAGCCCCAUAUUCUGUCUCGGGCUGUGGCACCGCAAAGAUGGUGUGCAGGGAGAGCGUGGAAGCCUAUCCAAUUCUGUGAUCCUCUGUGUUUUCAACAGCUCAUUACAUAAACAAUUGUUAUAUACUUUAGUGCUACAAGGUGGAAAAAAGCUUGUUCGCACUAAGUUUAUAUUCAGAGACCUCAAAUAAUUUAUUUUUAAUUUUGCUUCUACAAUGACUGCGGUUUUAAUUUUUCCAUUUCAUGCUAUUUUUAAGAGUGUGCUGUGUAUUAUAUCAAUGUAAUUUGACUGUAAACACAAUGCAUCUUUUUCUCUUGCAUUUAUCUAUGGGUUUUCAUGUUUUAUUUAAUGUUUCAUUACAACAGUGUUUAUCUCUAUGCUGACUCAAUUCCCUAAUGGCAUCUUUCUUAUGCCACCUACAAGGCAGUAGUGUAAUAUCUCCUGAAUAUUACCCAAGCUGGUUUAACCUUCACCAAGUUUCUUCUUCACUGAUAAAGAAACCUUUGAAGAGAUGUAGUAUUUUUCCUGAGGAUCUUUUCUGAGCAAGAAGAAAUACAAAGGAGCUAGAUGUGGAGGUUGGGAAUUGCCAAGGUUGACUUCAAAGGAAUAAGGAGAAUUUCUGAGCAAAUAGAGGUUUUAAAAGUCAUUAUAGAAUACUAGCUUAACAAUGGAAACAGCAGCAGAUUUGAGAACACUGAGGUCCAAGACAAACGCAUAAAGUCACAAAGUAAAAAUAGUCGUAGAACGUGGAGCAUGAAAUUGUGGUUUGUGCAUCAUCCUAUUUGCAUAAUCUAUUCAUCUAUUGUUAGAGUAUACAAAAUGUUUUGGGAAAAACAAAUGUUUGACAUAGACUUUGCAUCUUCAAUUGGGAGACCAAAUUUUGUUCUGAAAAGACUUCUUGAUGAUUGCUUUACUGCUAGACAAGCUUUCUGGCUGUUUAGUAACAGUAAAAUGAAGUUGCAUUCAUUUAACAUGAUUAUUCACUUCAACUGUUACAAUUGCAUUUAUUCUAAAUUCCCUAAGUACCAUGUAUUGAUUUCAUUACUGAAAGCAAUCUGGAUAUAACUAGGAAAUGGAUUUGCUUCUGUCACAUAAGUAAUGGGAAAAAACAAAGAGGAAAACCAUACUGACUAAACAGCUUUUGGAAAGUGUUGGGGUAGACUUGAUCAAGCAGCAGCUGCUAUCCAAGCAACACUGCUUCCAAGAAAAAAAAAAAAAACCAACAGGAGUGGAAUCCUGGUUGUAGUCUUAGACUACUGUGCCCAGCACCUGGGUCAGCAGGCUGCCUCAGGCUCUGUCAGUCCACCAAGUGCACAAGGAGAGGUAAGAGGUACUUUGUUAGAGUAUUUCUCUCUCAGUUUUCCUUUCCUAGUGUGCUGCUGUCAUGCCUGUCCAGCCCUGGACUGCUCAGAGGUGCUGACACAGCUGCAACCGGGAUGGGUAAGAAGUAGCUACUCGCACCCCUGCAGAAAGUAUUAUCCUCUGGGAUGUGCUGUCCAUUACUGUCAUUCCUUAACCUUGCCUCUGAGUCAGAAUCAUCCAAGUUACUAUGAAGCAGUAAGUGUUACACAAAAAUUCUGUCAUUCUAACAUACUGUGUUGGCAAGUGACUCUGUUGGUUUGACAGGGCGGUAAUCUCCACUGGUAAUCCCUUAACCUCGACAGCCUGCAGGUCUGACUGUAAACCUGGGCUCACACUCUUGCGGUAAGUGUUGUGAGCCUCGUGGGUGCUCAUUAGGGUCCUGGCACUUGCAAACAGUAAAGGCUCAUAAAAAAACCAGAUUACACAAUUUACAGAUAACUGCUGGAAAGCUCAGUUGCGUCUUUCCCACCAAGGGCAAUAACACUUUUGCUCUGCUUAGUCCUGCUGUCAAGGACCUAAAUGAGGAAAACUUUUGUAAAGAUUUGCUGAAAGUAUUCUUUGGCCACAGCCCCAGGGAGUGUGGCUGUACUAUAGGCAGUGCACAGAAGAGCUGGGUGUUGGCACACCUCAAAACCUGAAAUUUUUUCAUUAUCUUCUCUUCCACUAUGCAGUUUGUAAAGCGCAGCCCCAUGAAGCUAUUGCUUAAACAAAUGGUGUUUAAACACACCGAAUGUGCAGACGCUCCUUCAUUUCUAGCUCUUUAAAUAUGUGACCAAGUUGAAAAGCUUUGUGGCUAAACACUUCAGUGAGGAGCUAGAAAUAUUUUCUUAACCUUUGACUAAAGGCCUAAGGUACCUUUUUCGGCAAACCUGUGAAGCAUGUAAUGUCCAGUCUCAUUUAACAGUUCUUAGCAGCAUGUCAAUGAAUUGCCCUGUUAGGAAAUAAAACAUUUAGAUCUCGAGGCAAAGAACUUAAUUAAAAAAAAAAAAUCUGUUGUAAUGGAAUAAGCCUAGAUUUGAUUUACUAGCUAAGACACAUUAGACUGCUUUAAGUCUUUAUGCCACACCACGCAUUCCUUUUACAGUAAAUAUUAUUGUCUCAAAUUUUCAAAAGCAGAUUUUGGUCAAUAUUAGCCAUAGGAAAUGUCAGCAGCCUUAAUGAAUUUAUUCCACAGGUAUUGAAAUACCUGGAUUUGUACUAUUUUUUUCAUUUUUAAACUGCAAUCAAUUUUAAAAUUUUAUGAAAAACAUUAAAAAUUAUAUUUUAUUUAAUACAGAGCUCUAUUUUCCCAUAUGUUUUUCUAUCAUACAGGGUUAUGUGUUUGCCUGUUCACACACACAUUCUGUAAAUUCAUUCUUGGACUCCACACUUAGGAAUAAACACAAUUUUAUAUAUAAGCUUCCACUAACUUCCUUUGAGCCACAGAAGGCACAUGUUUUCCCAUUGAAUUUCUGAUGCAUCCAUAAUCCUUUGUGGUCUUUUUUACUGAUAGUAAGAUUAUCAUUGUGAAGUAUGAGAUUAGAAAGUUUAUGGAAAUAUUCAGAGAAAAUGGACUGUGCCAUAGAGAAUGUUAGUGCAUGAAGAUUGAUAAUGGUAUUGGCAAUCCAGACGUCCAUCUGUCAAGGGCUGCUGGAAUUUAAAAAUUAAAAUACACAUCCACUGCACUUUAAUGAAUUUUGUUGAAAGGAUUUGGUAGAUAUGAGGCAUAUUUUUCUGCAGGCUUUUUUGUGAGUCUUAAAUGCUGAAACGCAGCUUUACCCUGUCAAGCUACAGAAAGUAUCUAGUUUUGUUGAUUUUCCUGUACCAGCUUCAGAAUAAAAUCUGAAAACCUGGAAUGAAUACCCUAUUUGAUUGAAGUCACUAGGAGUUUUGAUUUUGAUUUAAGCAGGGGCCAGGAUUUUGCCCCUGGCAAGCAUAUAGAUGGAGCAAAGGUUUCCAGAGUCCAUCAAGGAUAGGAAUCUCUGAAGAAGAACAAGAACUGCAGACCUCUCAUUGAGUAUCCUGACAGCGAGUGUUAGAACCCUGCAUACGCCUGACAAGCCUUCGCUAAUCUACUGCACCUCGCUAUGCAGCUUGUUGAGUUGUGUUGGGCACUGGGUGAGCAAGAGAUCAGUAGGCAGAGAAAGCACUGGAGCUGCAGAGCACAGAAGUAGUUGCAAAGAGAACAGUCAGUCUGUAGUGGAUGUAACAUCAUUUUUGAGUUAACGAUAUUUCUGUUGAAGGAGAGAGAGGAGAUGACAGAUAAGCGAGUAUUUUUAUGUAUCCUUGACACAUUUGAAAAAUAAUGUCUUUAUUUAGGCAUGCAAUAACUCUUUGCUGUAUGUAUUGCAGCUAUUUAUGAAGUGUGCAUGAUUUUUAGCUCUAACAAAUUCUAGUCCUUAAAAGGGCUGUGUUAUAGUGUGAUCAAAUCUUAUUAAAAUCAAAAAGUCUUCAGACUGGACACUUCCUGACUAUAAUAAUCUAAGUUUGGUGUACACAAUAUGUAUAUGUAUUUUAUUCGUAUUGCAUCUUACAAGCUUUAGCUAAUCUUUCUUUUUCACAGCUUGCUGUUAAGGUAGAUGACAACAAUUUUCUGUUGCAACCAGCUGGGAUAAACUUGUCCUGAGGAAACUGAGACUUGUGCAAGGCCACACAGUAAAACUUAACAGCAAGAUAAUAGCAAUAUGGGUUUGCUGGUUUCUAAUAUCAGAUUCUGAAAACAAGACCAUCAGGGUAUCCUGGCUCGUGAUUGUCCUCCAGUCUGAGUAAUAAAGGAUGCAGUGCUGAAAAUGCCAGUCAGGUAGGACCUUCUAAGAACAGGAGGCAUCUAUUGAAAUUUGGAGUUUGAUUUUGAUUAAAGCUUACUGAGUUUCCUAGAUGGAUGCAGUUUUUGUCUGGCUGUCUAGAUCAUUGCCUGGCUCCAUCUAUCCUGAAAUGCAACUCAGGCUGGUACAGUCUCAAAUAAAGCCAAGAUGAGUGUUUAAUGAUUUUAUUCAUGUCAGCUUUCUUUAUUUAAUUAGUUUUGCUGUGUAGUGCAAUAAUAGGGCUCAUAAUGAACAUCAUCUUAAUGAUUUCCCUGAAUGCUUUGAGACCAUGCUAUAAUGAACGGAGAUUUAGCCAUACUGUAUAUAUUACACGAUGAAAUUUGAGAGAGGAGGAUUAUUUCAGUAACCUUUUAGGCAGGAAAUUGAAAUCUGAGAAAUUGGGCACUUAAAAAAGAACACAAGGGAAGGCAGCUGAAAUAAAAAUGAGCAGCUGAAAGGUAUCUGUGCCAGAAGGAUUUGGGGAACCAAUGAAAGAACGUAAGCUCCAACAUUUGGAUCUGCAUAGAAAUGUUCUUGACUUGGACAGGGAGUUUGUCUGUAUUGGAGCUCAGCGGUUCCAGCUUCUUCUCAUUUCGUAAAUCUCUGAUGCAACAGCUUCAUUUUCUGCUCUCUGCACAUGUGGAAAAUUAAUCCCUGUGCAAAUGCCAGUGUAAUAAUGUGAGAACAAAAAUAGCAGUACUAUUCUUCUGUACACUUCUUUUAAUCCACUGCCACAGAGAAGCCAUUGUAAACACCCGUUUCCUUAUAUGGGCUACAGAGUUCCUUGUACUUUAUUUUCAUAAAAAUGCAUUGUCUUUUAAUGCCCGUUUCAUUUUCUGUGACAAAACAGAAUGUCACCAGAAUAACAUUGAAAUGUAUAGGAGCAAUUUACAGCCUCUCGAAGUAAAUUAUAGAUAUGGAUAUGUUCUAAUUAAUUUGACAUAAAGAUCAUUUCAAAAGACUUAAUCAUGUAAAUCCUCCCUGUGAAGGACAUUUAAAACCAGAAAUGGGAGAAGAAUUUUUCACGUUUCUCUUGUAAGAUUGCACGACAGCUGCACAUUCCAAACAUAAAACUGCAAUAAAACUUCUGAAAACUUAAAGAACUUUGUACAGCUCAGUAUUCUGUAAACAUUACAUCUGAAGACUUUACUCUCUGAAAAACAUUGCUCUUGACAUUUUAGUGCUACUUGUAUAGGUGUUAAUUAGAACUGGCCUAACAUAGUAGUCAGUGCAGUUAUUCCUUUCUUCUCUGUUUGCAAACGCUCUGCAAACAGGCUCUGCAAUUAUUAAUUUUUGUCUUCCCUGCCCCCUCCCCAGUUUCAAUUAUUCUACAACUGCUUCACAUAGCCUAUGAUGUGAAUGCUUCAAGAAUUCACCUGAAAGUUGCUUUCAUGGUGAAAAAUGCUGUUGCGUUGACUUUGCUGGCUGACCAGAUUAUCCUCCUGUGCUGUAGUUUCCAGUGGUCUUCCCUGAGUGUCCAUAUGAAUGAAUCCUCACCCACACAAAUGUCUGCAAAGAGUGAAUAAAAAUAUGGUAUAGAAA